AGACUUUUUAUACCUGGUCUUCGCGUUCUCAAAUUAUUUCUAUUUCUAUUUCUAUUUCUAUUCUCAACGUUUUUUAGUUUCGUUAUCGCACGGACCACCAGUGCAUAAAUGCUGUGACACGAGCAUGGGAACCGAAGCAUAUUUCAGCGGUGCCAGCAAAGUGUUGACGAGGUUUUGUUAAGAACUACUGUUCUCUUGUUAUAUACUCAUAUUGGCUAAAAUUUUAGCAUUCUCAUAGAAGAAAUUUUUUUUGCUGAUUUUUCUGGUACAUUCCUCUGCACAACCUUCAGCGGCGACUAAAGACGUUCCAACGGAGAUGUACAACUUAACUUGUUACUACCCUCACAAACGCCUUCCUCAUAGGUGGAGGAUUGAGAGCUGGAUGAAAGGCACAACGAGUGUUGACUUGCCAAAUAUGGUGCUGUUUACUAGUUUAAUGUUUACGGUGUUGUGCUUCUACAACAAGUGUGGAUCUCUCUUUACCGGUUUCUUGAUUAAGGAGUUCAACAACUCGACUGAGAAGAUCAAAAACCUGGUUGAAAAGAUAGGGAUUAAGCUCAAGGAGAACAGGAUCGAAUAUUUGGGAGCUGUAUUUCAGAUAUUAAACAUAGCUUUUUCAUCCUCUCUUUUAAGGGAUGCACAGAAAUGGAAAUCGAACUUCAUAGCAGGCAUGGCGAUAUUUGCUUUUCUCUGUUACUGUGUUGAGGUCUCUGUGGAACUGAGGAGACUUGAAGUUACCAGAACAUAUAUUCGUCCCGAGAGGAUGAACAAUAUAAUAGUCUGGUUUUUCACUAAAAAGCAUGUUUUGCAGUGCCUUGUUCCUCUAUUAACAUGUGUUUAUAAAAGCCAUCACAUGGAAGAUACUCGGGAAAGUGUUUCAUUUAUAAUUCAAAUGUCCAUUCAUGUUGUAGGUCAGCUGGCAUUCAUGUAUGCCCGUGAUCGAUACUAUUUCUAUGCAGCCAAUUGACAACAUUUCGCACGAAGGGGAUGAAAUAUUUGAGAAAGACAAACAUGUCGUUGCCGAGAAGUUGCAGAUGCAAAUGUAGUGAAGGGUCACAGAGCCACGAGACAUGGUGAAGAAAUCUGCUCUGGCAUUGACAGUAAUGCCUGAGUUAGCCUGUUGGCAAUUUACUAGUGUUACAUAAGAUUCAAGUUGUUUGGGGACAAUGCCAUCAAUUGAAAUUGUUGAGAUCUUUUACAAUUGAUUUUUCUGUUUUGUCUUGAAAAAUUAGUCUUACAUGUCUUACAAAUUGGGAUGAGCGAGAUUCGAAUCGAGGACUUGAGAAGACAACAGUUUUUAUGUGUUUAAUUACAUUAGAAUGUUAAUUCUAUA